AUGGUGGAAGAAUACCUCCAAAUCAUCCCCGGCGCAUGGACUGAAGAGACCUUCGGGUUCGAAGGCAAGCACUACCAAAUCCCGCCGCGCGAGGUAAUUCCCAAGCCGGUACAGAAGCCGCACCCUCCGAUUUGGCAGGCGGUCAGUCAGGAGUCCACGGCCGAGAAAGUGGGUCGCCAGGGGCUCGGGUGUUUGGCCCAGACCAGCGUUGGCCUGGACCGGGCGGAAAACCUGAUCCGCAUUUACCGCGACGCCAUCGCCGAUCCGGAGCCGGUUACCAAGCUGGUGUAUCCGCGCGUCGCCGGCAACACCGUGGGCCUGUGCAUGGAGGAUCGCCAAAAGGCGUUCGAACGCGCUGAGACCAUCAUAGAUUGGUAUCGGGAGCAGCAACGCAUUCGCGAUUCAUACGUAUGGCAGGGCUACGACCCAGCCCGGGUGCCCGAAGACUACCAGUGGCACUACCAGCGUGCGGUCAACGCCGACACCGCCCGGGCUGACGAGGCCAGUUCACGCAAAUUGAUCGACGAAGGCGGCCGGUUCUGCAUCGGUGACCCCGACGACUGCAUCAAAUACAUUGAAGAUUAUGAGCGCAUGGGCGUGGACGAGAUCAUGCCGCUAUUUCAGGUCGGUCCCGUGGCCCAUUCUGAGGUGAUGGAAACCCUGCGGCUGUUUGGCAAAUACAUCAUCCCGCACUUCAGGGAAAAGGCGCGCCGAGAACAGCUAGCCGCCGACAACUGA